AUGCAACAAGAAAUAGAACAAUUGAAACGGCAACUCAAUGAACAACAGAAAAACCCACAGCCAAAACAAGUAAAGAAAAAGAAACCAAAACAGCCGAAAACACGUAACUCUGAAUAUUUUGUAAGUAAUAGUAAACCAUACUCAAAUUUGCAAUUAUCGAGUUCACAAUCAUUAACAUCAAAUUCACGAUCAUCGAAUUCACGAUCAUCGAAUUCACAAUCAUCAAAUUCACAAUCAUCAAUAGCAACAUCAAAUCCACAAUCAUCAAUAGCAACAUCAAAUCCACAAUCAUCAAUAGCAACAUCAAAUCCACAAUCAUCAAUAGCAACAUCAAAUCCACAAUCAUCAAUAGCAAAUUCACGAUCAUCAACAUCAAAUUCACAAUCAUCAACAUCAAAUUCACAAUCAUCAUCAUCAAAUUCACAAUCAUCAUCAUCAAAUUCACAAUCAUCAUCAUCAAAUUCACAAUCAUCGAAUUCACAAUCAUCAGCAUCAAAUUCACAAUCAUCAUCAUCAAAUUCACAAUCAUCAUCAUCAAAUUCACAAUUAUCAACAUCGGAUUCACAAUCAUCAUCAUCAAAUUCACAAUCAUCAACAUCUGAUUCACAAUCAUCAUCAUCAUUGAAACAAAAUCAUCCAAAUAAACAACAACAACUUGAACCAACUAGUCCGGCUAUAGUAGCCCAACCAAUCCCAAAUCCACAAAAUCCACAAAUAAGUUCAAGCAGAUCUCCUCAAAGAAACCCAAAUCCUCAAAAUACUCAAAUCAGAUUAAGCAAGUCGCCUCAACCAAAUCAUAGUUCACAACCAAGACCAAAUAGUCAACCUCAACCAAAACCAAAUAGACCACAUAAUCUACAACCAAAUCAACCAACUCCAUCAUCUCCAACCACCUCUCCUUCAUUAACUCCACCUAUAACAACUCCACCUUCAUUAAACCCAUCUACAACAAUUCCUUCUUCAUUAACCCCAUCUAUAACAAUUCCUUCUUCAUUAACCCCGUCUAUAACAACUUCCCCUUCAUUAACCCCAUUGUCUCUACAACUACAAAGAGUUUCAAUUGAUGAGUCUCAAGCAUACGAAGAAGAACCACCUCCACCCUACGAACCUAAUCCUAAGUUUGAAUUUACUGGUCCUGAUAUUAAAGUGACUCGUAAUGAAUCGUAUGAUGAUGGAAUUGAUCCUUAUGUAGCUAGAAAACUAGCUCUUAUCGGGUACCUUGACAUUUAUCCGAGCACUUUUAAACUAGAAAGUAAAGGUGAUUAUGUGAUUAGAGCACAAGUUCGUCAUCAGUCUCAACCAAUCUUGGAAAAAUUAAAUAAUACUGUAUGUUUGUUAGACUUUAAUCUUUCAAAAAAAGUUAGCCUGGACGUAUAUAAUCAAAUCUCGGAUGUUUUCACUUCGAGUAAAUCUACAGUUGGUAGAUUGGCAUUGGAAAAAGGUUCUAGACAGGCAUUAUUUAUUGGUUCACCUAAUGACUAUUCAUCUUAUCCAAAAGAUGCAAAACCUGGUGAUAUUUUAACAGGAAAAUUGAAUUUUAUAAAUAAUUCUGCAAAUAGAAUUGAUGGCGGUCAAAAUUUUAUUAAUUUAAUUAUUCCACCUGCUCCAAUCAAACCUAAAGAACUAAUACCAAGUGAUAAUAAUCAUGCUACUGCUGGUGAUAAUAGCGGUGGUGAUCCUGGGAAAGAUUCAGGUUCUGAUGAUGUUGAUGUUGCUCAAUCAACAGAAAUACCACCACCACCAAUUGAGAAAACUAAAGAAGAAAAGGCAAUUGAAAAUUUGAAUGAAGCAAUUCGUGAUGUACAAAUUGCCAAUUUAAAAAAAUUUCCAAUUGAUUCCAGUUAUCUUACUGAUCUACUUUCAGAACUUGAAGAUAAAUAUCCAAAGCAUUUACCACUUUAUCAAGCUAAAUUAGAAAUAUUUUUGGAAACUGCCAAAUCUUCUACUUCUAAUACUAAUACCACAGAAUUAACAGUAGAAAAUGCAAAAAUAGUUAUAGACACAGCAGAUGAAUUAUUAUCAAAGAUUGAUUUGCUUGAAUUGGCACGAUAUUAUGGAGUUAAACAAGAAACAAACGUUAAUGAAUCGGCUAAAAAAAUCAAAAAGGAAAAUGAUGAAAAAAAGAAAGCGGCAGUAUUAGCAUUACGUUCUAAAGCUCAGGCUUUAAUGGUUCUUGCACAAAAAGCUGCUGCAACAAAUAAAAAUGGUUUAUUGGAACGAUUUGAAGAAACUUAUAAAUCUUUAAUACAAUGGUUAGAUUCUAUUCCACCAACUUCAGAUAUAAAAAACUUGCUUGUUUACAUUAGUAGGGAGCGUCAAGCAAAACGUUAUGGUAAUGCACUUAAAGCCAUUAAUAAAUAUUUUGCUGAGAAUAGCCUUACCAAUGAUAGUACUAGAGAUUAUGAGAAGUUGUUUGAUAUAAAAUUUGAUAUAUUGAAAGAAGUUGGUUGGACAAUUUGGGAAAAUAAUGAGAAAAAAUGGAAAUUGAUUAGAAUACCACCUUCAGGUUAUCCCUAG